AUGGCAUGGCCAUGUGACAGGAGUGGGACUCCUACAGCGAAUGAUGAGUUGGGUUGUGUGGGGCUUUUUGGUCAUUUUGAUUUUGCUCGUUCAUCACAUUCAUUCAGGCUAGUUUUAACACAGUGUCCCCAAUGGAUAGAGGAAAAUUCCCAGAGGAGGACAAGUGAUGAUGGAAGAAAAAUUAGGAUGAAAGUAAUUGAUGGAAAGCUGUGUUGCGCUUUGCAGGGUCAGAAGAAUUCUUCUGAAUUUGGCAGUGCUAUGAGGUGUGGACUUGUCUUACUGCUGAUUCUUCUUGAAGAAAAAAGUAAUUGCCAGCCUGGAAAUGGGGUGUCAAAAAAGAAAAGGAACAAGAACAGAGAACGUGAGCAUCAUCUGAGUCUCCACAAGCACGUUGAUCUCUGCAGGCUAGCUGUACCCUUCUUUAGUUCCAAGGACAACACUGUUUGGUUUUCUAUGUCUGUGGUUGUGGACUUAUAG